CAACCAAAACAUCCUUAACGGAAAUCAAUUGGCAUCAAACAAGGAAGGAGGAAUAGAUAGGAGAGGAGAGGGGAAAUAAAGGAAAUCGAAUCCGGUCACCAAAAUAAUCACGAUAAAAAAGAAGGGAGAAACCCGUAACAGACGAAUCGUUCCACGAAUCGAAAUCGUUGUGUCUAUAGAUAGCGGUAGAAGCAAAUCGCAAUUCCCAGUCGUCGCAUCAUCCCCUCGGCGAUCGACCUCGAAACCCUCUCUCUUCUUCUUCUUCUUCUUCUUCUUCUUCUUCGUCGUCGUCUGAUCGCCGCAGGGCACGAGCAACCCCGUCGUCCACCAAUCUUUGGGCGUGAUGGAUCGAAAUCGGAAGCGCGAGGCCGCUGACGAGCGGUCGCAGGAGAAGCGGGCGUGCAGCUCGUCCGAGUUCCGUCCCUGCUCCUCCACCUCUUCCUCCCAGCCGCCCCCCCCUCCGCAGACGGAUAGCGAGAUGGAGUCGUCCUCGUCCGGGAGGUCCGAUCGGGCCGGGGACUCUGGCUACGGCUCAUGCGACUCCGACGAUUUCGCUGGGGGAUACGACUCCCGAAACAUUGUGGGGCGGGGGAGGCUGCAGAGGGUCUUCUCCGGCCUCCUCGAUGACGGCUCUGGGGGCUCGGCGCAGCUGGCGGCGCUGACCGAGCUCUGCGAGGUGCUCUCUUUCUGCAUGGAGGAUGCCGUCGGGUACUUCCCGCUGGAGACGGUCGUGCCGCCGCUCGUGAAGCUUGCCAGCCACGAGAGCAGCCCCGACGUCAUGCUUUUGGCCAUAAGAGCGCUCACGUACCUCUGUGACGCGAUGCCGAGGUCGGCCGAAGCCAUUGUCCGGCAUGGAGCACUGCCUGUCCUCUGCGGGAGGCUGUUGGCGAUCGAAUACUUGGACGUGGCAGAGCAGUGCUUACAAGCAUUGGAAAAGAUAUCGCGGAAGCAACCAGUUCCAUGCUUGCAAGCUGGAACAAUCGCUGCUGUCUUAACUUACAUUGAUUUCUUUCCAACGAAUCCUCAGCGAGUGGCGGUUUCAACUGUAGCGAACGUGUGCAAGAAGCUUCCUCCUGAUUGCUCUUCGAUUGUCAUGGAAUCUGUUCCUAUUCUGUGCUCUCUUCUCCAAUAUGAGGAUCAUAAGCUGGUAGAAACUGUUGCUGCUUGUCUGGUAAGGAUAACGGAUUGUUUCGCUGGUUCCUCCGAAUUGCUGGAUGAACUCUGCAAGCAUGGGAUUAUACAGAAGUCGCUGAAUUUGAUUGCUAAUGAUGGUCAUAGAUCACUUAGCCGGGCAACUUAUUCUGGUUUGAUUGGUCUUCUCAGGAAGCUUGCCACUAGCUCCCUUGUGGCAGUUCAGACUCUCUUCGAGCUUAAUAUAAGUCGCACUUUGAUGGGCAUCUUGAUGAGUUCUGACAUGUUACGUGAUUCUGCUUACGUGUCUGUUCAAGAUAUGCAAACCAAUCAGGUAUAUGAAGUUCUUAAGUUAGCUAAUCAGUUGAUCCCACCAGUAUUAAGAGAUGUUCCAGAUGAUCAGAUAGAACUAGCCAAGGAGAAGAUUCUAGUAGAUCAACCUAAUUUCUUGCAUGAGUUUUCCACGGACAUUCUUCCUGUCUCUGUUCAGGUGGUGAAUUCUGGUGCAAAUGCAUACGUAUGUUAUGCCUGUGUUUCAAUUAUAAACAGUAUUGCCUAUUUCAGCACACCUGACAUUCUUCUAGACUCAAUCAAAAGUACAAACAUCUCAAGUUUUUUGGCAGGACUUUUGUCCCGGAAAGAUCCACACGUGAUAUUUUUGACACUGAAGACUGUUGAGGUUCUGAUGCAAAAACUUCCUGCUGUCUUCUUAAGCUCUUUUAUUAAGGAGGGGGUAGUUUAUGCAAUUGACGCUGCACUUUUAGUGCAAGAGAAAUGCUCAGAUUCUGUAUCGGAACACUCCAAUGAUCACAUGGUUGUAAGAGAUACUUCGAGAUGUAUGUGCCAUGCUUUUAAUUCAUCUAGGGUUUCAGCCUCUGAAUCAAAAACAUGCAGGCUUCAAAAAGAUAGUAUUCAAAGUUUGGCAAGGCACAUAAAGACUACCUACUUUACCCAUGAAGCAGUGGAUUCUGAGAUGGGCUUUACAGAAACUCUUCAAAAACUCAAAAUCUUGUGCACGGUAUUAAAUGAUAAUGUGGAUAGUUGUUCCACUAGUGAUGGUUGCCUUCAAAAUGAAGAGAACCUGACUCAAAUAUUACUUCAAGUCAUGAGAGAGUUCUCUGAGGGAGAGUCUAUGUCUACCUUUGAGUUCAUUGAGAGUGGUAUUGCAAGAUUUCUGGCUUGUUAUUUAUCGAAUGGCAAGCAUCUAUCGGGAACUACCAGUGCUAUUGACUUAUCAAGUCACAUUCUUACUGUACUGAAGAGAUUUAAGAUAUUUUCUUCCAUUUGCUUAUCAAAUCCUGGUCAGAGUUGGGAUAACAUGCUUUUGGCAGUAUUAUUGAAGAAAUUUCAGAAUGCAUUGUCUUCUUUGGAUAAUUUUCCUGUUAUUCUAAGCCAUGGUUUCAAGCUGAGAAACACUUAUACAGAUAUCCCUGUCAGAGGCAUCACUAAGAAUCCCUGUUUAAGAGUACGUUUUGUGCGUCAAAAUGAGGAUACAAACUUAUCUGACUUGGACAAUGUCGUAAAUGUUGAUAUUUCUUCAUCCUUUGAUGCUUUAGAAGGAUAUCUUUGGCCGAAAGUUAACAAAGGCAAGAAUGGACAUCGGACAGAGUCUGCAGAUAGGAAAGCAGAUGACACUACUUCAGGGAUAAAACAUGUCUCAGAAAAGAAUCCUAUAGAGACACACACAAACAUCUCACAGGAGUCAUGUAUUUCCAACUCUGCAGAGGUAAGCAGGCAAGAAGAACAAUAUUUACCUGCAGUAGACAGUAGUCCAAAACAGACUAUGUCUGCCAAGGAAGUCACUGAAGGAAGUUCAGCAUCUCCAAGCAUUGGAAGUGCAAAACCAAAGUUAACUUUCAGUUUAAGAGGGAAACAACUUGAUUCCUCGAUGACCAUUUAUCAAGCAGUUCUUGAAGAACAGAAAGGUGCAGAAUUUGAUAUGGUUGUGGGAUCAAAGUUCUGGAGUGAAGUGUACAAAUUAACCUAUAGAAGUGCGGAAGAACCAAAAGCAAAUAAUAGUGAAAUGCUUAAUUGUGUUCCUCAGUCAUCUGUCUUUUGGAAUAAACAUGGAUUCUCAGAUUGGAAGUAUCCUUUUCUGCUAGCUGAGCUUCCGUGUAAAAUCGAUAAAUUGAAUGCCUCGUAUGAUGUCUUGUUUAUGUUGAAGAUUUUCGAGGGAAUGAAUCACUAUUUGUUUCAACUGUUGAGCGAUGAGAGACUCAAUUCUUUUGCCGAAGGGAGAAUAGAGAACUUUGAUGAUCUGAAGGUGAUAGUUUCUUCAAUUCCACAGGUUGAGUUUGUGAACAGUAAAUUAAAUGAUAAGUUGGAGCAACAAAUGCAAGACCCGUUGGUAUUAACCACUGGUUGCAUGCCGUCAUGGUGUGGCCAGUUAAUGGCUGCAUGCCCUUUCUUAUUUUCUUUUGAGGCAAGACGGAAGUACUUCUACCUUACAACAUUUGGUUCUUUAAGAAGUCAGCAGAAUAACAUACAGAACUUAGAUGGUAGUGGUACCAACUCCUUAAAUGAUCGACAUUCAUAUUCAGGUUCUUUACGUAAGAAGUUCAUAGUCAAUCGCAACAAUAUUCUUGAAAGUGCUGUGAAAAUGAUGAAAUUACAUGCUCAAAGUAAGGGAACUCUUGAAGUGGAAUAUGCUGAGGAAGUGGGUACUGGCCUAGGUCCCACAAUGGAGUUCUUUACAUUAGCAAGUCACGAAUUUCAAAAGGUUGGAUUGGGUAUGUGGAGAGGGGAUCUUAGUUAUGCAGGAAGAAGUACCAUUGAUGGUUAUUCUGAAUUUGUGCUAGCUCCCUUUGGACUAUUUCCUCGUCCAUGGUCAACAUCAACAGAUGUCUCGGGUGUUGCUGAAUUUCCUGAAGUGAUUAAAAUGUUUCUUCUUCUCGGGAAGCUUGUGGCGAAGGCAAUUAAAGAUGGGAGGAUCCUAGAUAUACCAUUUUCUAGGGCCUUCUACAAGAUUAUACUUGAGCAGGAGCUCAGUAUAUGUGAUAUCCAGUCAAUUGAUCCAGAACUUGGAAGGACUAUGUUGGAGUUUCAAGCUCUUGUCAAUAGGAAAAGAUUUUUGGAAUCAAUUUCUGGAGACUCUUCAAAUUUAUGUUACAGGAAUACCAGUGUUAAGGAUCUUUGUCUUGAUUUCACUCUUCCUGGCUUCCCUGAUUAUGCACUUCUAUCAGAGAGUACAAAAAUGGUGAAUAUUGUUAACUUGGAAGAAUAUGUCACAAUGGUUGUUGAUGCAACAAUUGGCAGUGGGAUUUCAAGGCAAAUUGAUGCUUUCAAAUCUGGAUUUAAUGAGGUGUUCUCUUUAAAAGCUCUUCAAAUUUUUACCAAAGACGAGCUGGAACGGUUGCUCUGUGGAGAACAAGAUUGUUGGGAUUUCACUGAGCUCGUCGAUCACAUCAACUUCGAUCAUGGUUAUACGGGAAGCAGCCCUACUGUAGUUAGUUUUCUAGAAAUCAUACAAGAGCUUGAGCGAGAACAGCGUAGGGCUUUCUUGCAAUUUGUUACGGGCUCUCCUCGUCUCCCACCUGGAGGCUUAGCUGCACUCAAACCAAAGCUGACAGUGGUUCGUAAGCAGCACAGUAGUUGUGAUGCCGAUAUGGACUUGCCGAGCGUCAUGACUUGCGCUAAUUAUCUAAAGCUCCCACCUUACUCUUCUAAGGAGAAGAUGAGACAUAAAUUGCUUUACGCGAUAACAGAAGGUCAGGGGUCAUUUCACCUCUCGUAGGAGGCUGCACUUUGACUUUUUUUUUUUAAGUGAAUCAAGGCACAUUGAACACCGUAGUCGAUACUGUAAAACUGUAAACAUGCUACCAGGUUAGAGGUUGUAUAUAGGGGGGGGUUGGCACAGCACACGGUGGGCAGAUUGUGCAGAACAAAGGGAAGCCCAUCGCAGCAAUUGUACAGAGUUCUGGUGAUGCAAAUGGGGUGUACAGAAAACUGUGAAUAGGGCUUUUUUUUAACUUGCAGAACUCUUUUUAUUUAUGUGGCUUCAUGCUGUCAUUUAUGUGUACAAAUAAUAAAAAAAAGGGUAUGUAGGACUUGUAUAUAAUAUUAUAUACUCCCUGUUUCCAUCGA